CAAAACUUGUAUUUACAAUUCGAUAAAAUAACACCGCGUAAAAUCUACAAGACACAAACAAUGGCGCCCAAAAUAUUCAUCACAGGAACCACAGGGUACACCGGAGGCGAUGCCCUCUACACACUCUACAACGCCCACCCAGACUGGGAAUUCACAGCUCUCGUCCGCAACUCUGAUCGAGGGGCGCCCGUCGCCGCCGCCUUCCCAAAAGUCCAUUUAGUAUAUGGUACUUUGGAAGAUGCGUCGAUUAUUGAAGAAGAAGCUGCCAAGGCCGAUGUUGUGUUACACACAGCCGACUCCUCCGACCACGAAAUAGCCGCAAAAGCCAUCGCCACCGGACUCGCUCGCGGCCACACCCCCUCCAACCCAGGCUACUGGCUGCACCUCUCCGGCACCGGCAUCCUCUGCUGGAAAGACAUGGAAACGCAAACCUACGGCGAGGCCCCCUCGCAACCCCCCUACGACGAUCUCACCGGCGUCUCUCAACUGACCUCCCUCCCCGACUCGGCCUUCCACCGAGACAUCGACAAGCUGGUCCUCUCGGCCGGCUCCCCCUCCCUCAAAACCGCCAUCGUCUGUCCCCCCACCAUCUACGGCCCCGGCCGCGGCCCCGGCAACCAACGCAGCAGACAAGUCUACAACCUCGUCCGCAUCACCCUGCAAAAAGGCCAAGCCCCCCAACUCGGAAAAGGUCGCACCGAGUGGGAUAACGUACACGUCCACGAUCUGAGCACUCUCUUCCUCCUGCUCGCCGAGCGCGCAGUCUCAAACUCCCAAUCUUCCGAGGACGUAGAAAUCUGGAACGAGAAAGGGUAUUUCCUCGCCGAAAACGGUCACCAUGUCUGGGGCGAAGUUUCCCAACAAGUCGGCGCCGACGCAUUCGCCAAAGGACUUAUCAACACGAAAGAGGUAGCCGCGAUGGAUGUGGAUGAAGCAAAGGAGUUAGCGGGAUUUGAAGCGAUUUCCUGGGGGUUGAAUUCGAAGGGGUUCGCGCAGAGAGCGAGGAAGUAUCUGGGGUGGAACCCGACCGGGAGGAGUUUGAAAGAGGAGAUUCCGUACAUUGUGGAUGAGGAGGCCAGGAGAGAGGGUUUGGUGAAGGGACAUAAGGAGAAGGCGGCUGGGGAGGCGUGA